AUGGCGUCACUAGCGAGGCCUACGUUGCUGCCGCAGUGUGCGUCCUGCAUGCGAAGAGCAGUGCAGCAGGUGCGCAGCAAAUCCAAGGCGGCGAGGGAGGCAGAGCGCAACAUUGUCGUCAAGCUGCGCAGAGAUGUGCCGCGGUUUGGGCGUGCAGGCUCCUAUAUUCCAAUUGCCCCUGCAAUGAUGAGAAACCAAUGGUUCCCUUUCCGCAUUGCCGACUAUGUCACCCCGCCUCAGUUGAAGCAAUUGAAGGCCGAGGGGGUCACAAUGGCACGGGACGUCGAGUUUGGUGUGCGGCGAACAUUUAUCGAGGAGGAGGAGGGGGGGGAGGAAGAGGUCAUGCAGCAGCGGGCACCAUACGUGCGGCCCAUUGAGAUUGAUAUGCUUACUCCUGAGCGCUCUAUGCAGCUUCUCACGACAUUCGUUCCUGCUACAAUCGACUUCACGCGCCAGCCCAUUCCGCAUGAGAAGGUAGAAACAGCACAGCCCCGACAUGGAGCGUCCGAUGCAGCCGAUGUCCUCACAGCUGCCGCAAUGGCGAAGAAGUCGCAGGUUGAAUCAACUGGAAUCUACGGUUCCGUGUCUACAGCAGACGUUGCGGCGACAAUUAAGUUGGCACUGGCCCACAACGACGAGGCAGCACGUGUUCUGCUCUCAGAGAGCGAUAUUCGAUUCGUCGAGGGCCAUACAGAAGGAGAUUCGACUCGCGUGAAGCAGCUGGGCUCAUUCAAGGUGGAGAUCCAGGCCCAAGGAGCUGCUGCGCCAAUAACGAGGACUGUCCGCAUUCGAGCGAAGGAGUGAGCAGACACCGACAGAUGAACUCGGGUUCUAAGGACACCGACAUGGAUGUGGAGGUCAGAUCACGGACCUGUGUCCGCACACUGAAUAGAUACUUGUACAACAGGAGCAUAUGCCGACUCGGGGUCGACACGGAAAAAUGGAAACGAAGCCUGAAGCGGCUCUUCGGAGCACGACAGCCUCAGCCAGGCAGCCUGCAUGCAUGUGAUUGGCCAUCUUCUGAGGCACGCUGGAGAGAAGCUUGAAGCACUCGGCAAUUCAAGGUCUAGACAGCAUGCCUACGGGGAGACUCGGACAGAG